UUUAAUUUUAUGAUACUGCCUGUAAGGGAAAUUCAUUUCGUUGUCUCAAAUGACAAUGACAAUAAAUUUGAAUACAAAAAAAUCUCUAAACGAAACUAAACCAAAUGCUCGGCGAUUGUGAAAUACACCUCAGUUGUUAUUUACAGUAUUGCGGGGACUUUAACCAGAGCGAGUCAGUCAGUCAACGUUUCCACAAGCUGGUUCAGUUGCUACUUACACUGAAGAGAUUUUUCACUUAGCCUUUCAGAGCAAUAGUUCAGGCUGCUUUUGGCAGGGCGCCGAGGGAAAGUUCGUGAGGCUGGGUGGAAGUUCCAUUAGUUAUAAGGCGCAGUCUCCUCUCACAGUGUACAGUGCAGCCGCGAGUCCAGGACGUGCACCAUAUUACAGUGCAGUCGCCGUGCAACAGUACCAGCGUUACGGACCGGGAGCGGCUGCUGCGGCGGUUUCGAGGCCGGGUCCACCCCGCGGACACCGGUAACGGCAACACGGCUGCCGGGCAAUUGACGGGGACAUGUCCCUGGAGGGGGAUUCGCUCUUCGAAAAACAGACGCAGUGCAUUUUGUUGACAUUUCUUAAGGAGAAGACAUUUGUAAAUCUCAUCGCCGCAGAAGAAAUUUGUAAACUUGAGAAAAAAGUGACCGAGGUGUCGGACGAUGACGAUGACGAUGAUGAUGAUGGCAUCCAGACAGACGGACACUGCCCGUCCUUCUACUUUUUUCGUUCAGGUCAGGAGCGUGGAGAUUUGUGCCGAGAGAUAGGUGUGCGCUUGGCUCAGAUGGGAGAUGGGCUGAAUCAAGGCAUUAAUCACGAUGUGGUGGAGGGAUUUAUCCAAGCACAUGAAAAUAAUCAGCCACAAGAGAAUGGAACUAUAACUUUAUCUACCAUAAUCGAUGGCUUGACUGAUCAAAGGACUACUGUGAUUCAAGAUAUGCCGCAGGAGAGGAGCAUUCUGUUACUGACACUGUGGCUGUUGGAAAAGACCGUACUGGAGCAGCCUCGCUUGCUCCCACGCAUCUUCAGAACCACUGUACAAUACAUCACCACAAAGCUCCAAAACUACAUCAACCAGUUAGGAGGUUGGGAACAUCUGCAUUGAAGCUACAAGGAAGAAAAGAUAACCACUGGACCUCAUUUGUUAUAUUAAAACUUGUUUACACGGCAAUAAUAUUUUACAUUCUACCGGGUGGUCAUCUUCCGACGCGGGGGAGCUGAGAUCCCCCCCCCCCCCCAGGAUACGGCAGCCAAGAUCACCCCCUGAACGGAAGGCUCGAGGCCCCAGACCACGGGAGAACAAAGAAGGGAAGAGAUUUAACUUUUUUUUGCCCUCCAUCACAGUGAGGAAUCACUGUGGUGGAUAUUCAUGUUAAAAUGUGUUUUGUGUGUUUUGCUUUUUAUUGGUAUGACUGUAUUGAAAAUUAAAUUCCUCGUAUGUUGCAAAACAUACUUGGCUUAUGAAGUAUGAUUAUGAUUGCAUUAUGUAUUAAGGGCCUGUCCCACUUUCACGACCAAAUUCCUGACCUCUGCCGAGUUUGCCCUUGACUCGUACUCGCAGCGGGGUCGUAGGUAGGUCGUGAUGCUAGUCGUAGGUACUCGUGGCAUCAAGUAGGUCGGGGCGUUUUUCUAGCCAGAUGAAAAAUGUCCACGAGUAAAAAAGGUCGUGAAUUAGGUUGUGAAAGUGGGACAGGCCCUUUACAGUAUAAAAUUAAAUUACUGUAAAUUAACAGGAAUUGCCAGCAACUUACAGCGUUUACUGAUUUUAACACAAAAUUGUAACUGGAAAAAUACAUUUAUUGGGUACAUUCUAUUAUUUUUAAAUCAGUCCUGUUAGUAGUAAAAUGUUAAAUGCAUAACUUUAAUCCAUUUCAUUAAAUUUCAACACCUGACAGGUUUGGAAAUCUUAAAAUGUUUCCUGUAAGUAUUAUUGAUUACAGUAAAGCUACCAUAACCUACUAAUUAUUGAGAAAUCUCAUUGUUUGUCAUUUGAGUUACCUGUAGCAGAUUCCUGCAAUCCUAUAGCCGCACUGCAUUUACUGGAAUGAUCCAAUUCCAAGCUAUGUCUCUGCGUUGCAAUUUUAAAACACAAAUAUCCAAAUCUGAAAAAUCUGCCUGUCCGAUGUGCCGAGCAUGCUGGAAUAAGUUUUACUGUAAUAAUGGAAAUGAAAUGUUAACUUUAUAAUGUAGUCUGAAUAAUUUACAUAUUGAGUGUUACAGAAAUCAAAGAAGUUUCCGGUGGCGAUGAGUCUUUAAAAUGUUAAAUCAUUACUCAGCAAAAUAAAGUUAUUUUCAAGGAG